CGCCUCUGUACGCCAUUAUGUGAAGCACACAGUCCACACCUGUCCUGCAUCGUGAACUUGCCUCGUCCUCCCCUCACAUCAGACAGAUCCGACACCCCUGCUUCGAGGCCCGUGGCUCAGGGUGUCCAGCUUCCUGGUCCUGACCUGACCCGAUCCUCCUGCUCAUGUCCUCUCAGUUUCACCAGAAAACCCUGCCUGUUGCACAUUAUUGUCACUACUCGCCUGUCCUCAGAAAGCCGACGCAGAAACGAUUUGGCAACUCCACCACGGCGCCACUCAAUCGCCGCACACCAACCUAAAACCUCCACAGACGAGACCUCUAUAUCUGACGUGACAAGUCCAUCUUGGAUGCCAACUCGAGUCCAUUCUCUCAUGUUCGCCCCAUAGAUCACCUCUUUUCCGAUACCAUCGCCAGCCAGCAGUGUCAAAGUCUAAUCGGCCCAGCCUUGCUCGAAAGCCAUAACUGUCAGCGGCCCGGCAUCGAUCUGGGAGCGUAUCACUUCUUCUGAACCAUCGCUCAAAAAAACCCCCACCCGAGUCUUCGCAAGUCGUUCUUUCCCAUCAACAGCAGCAAUUGCCGCCAUUUCGGGAGGUAAUUUUGGCCAGUCCACUCUCGCAGACGGUUCUGAUCAAGGCAGAUUCUGGGCACACCUCUCAAUACCACGACCACCGAGUUGCCGUUGGGCGACUCGCUAUCCCACAGUCAAUGCGACAUUAUGACUAGGAAGACUUUUCAUGAGCCAUCAUUGCCACCAAAGUCAGAGCCCCAAUCGCCUGAUCCCUCGCAGACUGGGAAUAGCACCGAAGGUUUCGAUACCAUGUCUGCGCGCAGCGUCGAUUCAGCCUACCCACUUGGCUGCCAUGAGCGUCGCACUUCUUCCUGGGCGCCAGCGUCGCAGUAUCCUGAGCUGGUCAGUCCUUACAGCACACAACAACGAAUGUCCUACCAGCCACAGCCGCCCUACGGACCCCCGAGGGACAAUCCCAGCCUGCCACCCAUUCGAGACAUCGACCGCAUGAACACAUUUGAUUCGCCUUAUUCGCCAACCUCAAACACAUACCAUCCAUCUUUUGCCAAUCCAGCAGGACCUCACGGCGGACAAGACAACUACUCAUAUGGGUCGGACAGACCCUCUUAUUAUGACUCGACACAUCGAUAUAGUCAGGGCUAUCCCCCGGCCAACAGGCAAAAUCCGCACCUAGACUAUGGAAGAUACGCACCUUCUCCGUACGACUACCGUGCUGGAGUGGCAUACCCAUCCCCAUACGGAUCGGCGGACUAUGCAUCGUCACCCACAGGACUCCAUCAUCCGACCUCGCCCACUGUGGCAAUGGACACGAAUGCCCAAAACAGGAAACGGAGAGGUAACCUGCCCAGGCACAUUACUGAUAUAUUACGUGCCUGGUUUCAUGAACACCUCGAACACCCAUAUCCUACAGAGGAUGAAAAGCAAAUAUUAGUGGCUCGGACAAAUCUCACAAUUGCUCAGAUCAGCAAUUGGUUUAUUAACGCCAGAAGGCGACAGUUACCCGCUCUGCGACAUGCGAGAGAAAGGGAGCAGAAUGCUGCAGCUGCAGCAUAUGAACAGGACCAACUACGCCGACAGCAUCAAUCUGAUUCGGCGAUCAGAUGAAACGAGUCUAGGUAAUUUGUGACUUUGGUACCUUAUGGCUUGCAUCGUGGAGUUUCUGGCGGAUAUGGCAUGUAAUUUCGCUGCAUUCCGGGCGUCACAACGUAUCUUUGGCGAUACCCACCUCAACUUCGUCAAACUUGACGAUACUUUUUUUCGGCGGCAAACAGGACACAGUACACAGGGAGCAUGAACAAGACUAUGAACGCCAGACAUAGCAAGAAUAAAACGUAAUUGGCCAAAGCGGUUUGCGGGCUUGGAGAUAUAAUGGAAAUCAGCGUUCUGCAUUGAUUAAUGGAGGACUAUCGAAAAGAAGAUUCAGCGAGUCGUAUAGUGGUUUGGUGGCAUUCGGAUGGCCACAUUCAAUCCAUGUCGGUUGAUCAGCCUAAAAAGAC